AUGUUCUCCAAAAGCCCAUUAACCCAAGUCUCCUCCAUUCGACACGCUAAGAAAUAUGUACUCAAAGCCUCCUUUGAUCACUUGGAUAGUGAUGAUACGAUAACAGCUUUCAAGUUCCGGGCUAGACUAACGUUGAUACGCCGCAACAACGACUUAGAAAUAAAGAGAACUUUCAACUAUUACAUUCUGUUGGCGACAGUUCAAAUUAAGUGCUUCAACAUGUUUGGAAAGAUUUUUAUACCAAUUUGUAUCAUAGGCAUCAGCCAAGCAGUAUUAAUUGAUCAAAAACCAGAACAGGACAAAGAUAACUCUCAUGGAUGGCAAAUGGUGAAAACCUACCACCCGCCCAAGUCAACGUAUAUGUACAAAUACGAGCCUUUUGCAUAUCCCAAAUAUGAGUUCGAGUAUUCAGUAUCAGACAAAAAGACGGGAGACCACAAACACCACCAUGAGACACGUGACGGCGACCGAGUUCGUGGGGAGUACAGCCUUGUGGAGUCCGACGGCUCACUACGGAAGGUGCAGUACCACGCUGAUGAUCACAAUGGAUUCAACGCAGUUGUAAGUAAAACAGUGAACAAACACGGAGAUCAUGCAGUUUCAGUCAUGGAUCACACAAGAUUUUUCUACCCAGUAGGUCACGGCAUCAAGAUCAAUCACUACUUCCCCGGCAAGAACUACCAAUACCUACAGAUGGAACAAAAAGAAAAUAACAAUGAAAAAAAGCCUGUUCAUGAAGAGAGAGAAAGUGAUAUUAUUAAGGAUGAGGAGCCUACUAAAAUGAUGCUAAUUAACUCAGCAGACAAAGUCAUGCUUGUAGAAGAACCAAUUCAAGAGACUACACCUUUACCAAAAGCCGAUGUAGUCGAAACGGUUCAAGUUGUCCCAGCCAUGGUGUCUGUCAUAACUCCUAACCCCGAAAACGAGAAAAUAAAUAAUGAAAUCUCAAUGACUGAUGUCAAAAAGACUGAAGAAAGUGCAAAAGAACCUUCAGCCACAACGGAAGACCAAGUACCUAAGGAGGAUCAACCCUUAGAUUCUGAAGUAGCAUCAUCUUUUUACCACUCCAGAAUAUACUAUGUUGGCUUUUAA